UCCGUCUCGUUCUUUGGGUUCUUUGAGAGCUUGGUUGUAUUCUUUGGGCUCGGGAGUGGUGUUUUCGUGCCCUUGGCUGCUUCUGGUAGUGAUUUCUUGAAAGAAGUUAGGGUUCUGUGCCGUGGGAUUUGCGGCAUUGCCGUUUGUCGGUGCUUUGGGUCUAGAUCUUGGAGCUUUUUGUUUUCUUUCUCCAGAAAGAAGAUUUUGGUGCUUGUUAGAAUUUGCGAGCGAUUCGGAAAAGAAUUCGAUGGGUUGGGUUAUUUGGGAUUUUGCUUCGAUUUCUUAUCUAUCGUUUCUCCUCCUUGCAAGUUGCAAGCCAAGAACGGGGCUUUGAUGAGCGAAGUCUUCGUUUCUUAAGUUUGGUGUUUUAGAACUGCAAGUGUAAUCAGCGCAUCAUGUUGUUCGCUUGGAUAGCUAACAUUGGCUUGAGAAUCUCGGCAUGUCUUGGUGCCGGGUUGAUGGUAAUUGUUAUCAUGCCAUUUUCCCAAGCAUACACUAAUGAACGAGAUGUUUAUGCCAUAAAUAGCUUGUAUGCUGCACUGGGCUCGCCUCCUCUUCCUGGAUGGUUCUCAAAUGGAGGAGACCCCUGUGUAGAGGCCUGGCAGGGUGUCCAAUGCAUGGACUCGAAUAUAACUGGAAUAGUGCUCAAUGGAGCAAACUUGGGAGGACAACUUGGUGAUGGAUUAGGCAAUUUUACUUCAAUAUUAACGAUAGAUCUGAGUAAUAAUAAUAUUGGCGGAGGUAUACCGGAAAAUCUACCUGUUACCAUGCAGAGAUUUUUUCUUUCAGCUAACCAGUUCACAGGAAGCAUCCCAAGUUCUUUGUCAAAGUUAACACUUCUGACAGACAUGUCAGUCAAUAACAAUCAUUUAACUGGAGAAUUGCCAGAUGCUUUCCAGUCUCUCACUGGCCUAAUAAAUUUUGAUCUUUCCUUUAACAACUUGACUGGGCAACUGCCAUCGUCAAUGGGGAGUUUGUCAUCUUUGACAACAUUGCAUGUGCAAAACAAUCAGCUUUCCGGGACCCUUGAUGUAUUGGCAGAUCUUCCUCUCAAAGACUUGAAUAUAGAAAAUAAUCUGUUCUCUGGACCCGUGCCUGUGAAGUUACUGAGUAUUCCAAAUUUCAAAGAGGAUGGGAACCCAUUUAAUACCAGUAUAUCUCCAUCAUCAAUGGUGCCACAACCAUCAUCGCCUCUUUCGAAGGCACCACCUGCUCCUGGUACCAUGCCUGCAAACUCUUCUGAUGGACCAUCUGCUCAGCAAAGUGCCCCACCAGGGAAAAAGAAACACCUUUCAACCAUGAGGGUUAUCGGAUAUGUUCUUAUUGCGGUGGUUUUAUUUAUUGUUGUAGUGCUGAUGGUGAUCUUUUGUAUGUCAAAAUACCAAGAACGAAAGUCUAAGCAUGGUGAAUUAUAUAAAAGUCAGGUAGGGAGGGUUAGCAAAGGAUCUAAGGAGCCUCGAAGCAAAGGGCAUUUGAUCAUGCCAAAAGAUGAAGCUAAAGAAGCAGUUGCAAAGGAGGUUCCCGAGGAACGGAAGAAGGAACCUGAAAUGGAUACGAGGAUUACUGUUCCAGAGGAGACAUCUGCAAAACAGAAAGAACAUGUAAUUGAAAUGGGAGGGACAAGCAUACUUGUAAUGCCACCACCUCCCGUUGAAAAAGUUAUUGUAAAUCCCAUUGCCUCUGCUGAAAAUAUUGCAAGGAGUCCACCACCUGAAAAGAUAUGUCCCCCAACUUCUGCAAUAUCCUUUUCCGUUGCAUCUCUUCAGCAAUAUACAGACAGUUUUACAGAAGAAAGACUGAUCAGAGAUAGUAGGCUGGGCAAAGUAUAUUUGGCAGAGCUUCCUGAUGGAAAGCUAUUGGAAGUUAUGAAGAUUGACAAUGUGAACUCAAGAAUACCAGUUGAUGUGUUUCUAGAGCUGGUAGCGAAUAUCUCUGAACUUAGGCAUCCUAAUAUUGUUGAGCUUGUGGGUUAUUGUGCGGAGUUUGGACAGCGUUUACUUGUCUAUAAGUACUUCAGUAGAAAGACCUUACAUGAUAUACUUCACUGUGGAGAUGAUCUCAACAGGAAAUUAUCAUGGAAUGCCCGUCUCCAGGUGGCCCUUGGAGCAGCAAAAGCAUUAGAGUAUCUUCAUGAAGGCUGUGAACCACCAAUUGCCCAUCAAAAUUUUGAGCCUGCCAAUGUUCUCAUUGACGAUGAGCUUGCUGUACGUGUUUCUGAAUGUGGCCUUGCUUCACUAGUGUCAUCCAUCUCAGUGACUCAGUUGUCAGGUCGUAUGCGUGCAUUAUACAGUUAUGAAGCCCCAGAAAUCAAUGAAGCUGGGUCAUGUACCGAUCGGAGCGACGUUUAUAGCUUUGGAGUUGUCAUGUUAGAGCUCCUUACUGGACGGAAACCAUUUGACAGUUCACGACCUCGCAUAGAGCAACAUCUAGUGAGAUGGGCCAGUUCUCAGCUUCAUGACAUUAACACCUUAUCAAGGAUGGUGGAUCCUUCUAUCGGUGGAAAAUAUUCUGAAAAAUCAUUAUCACGGUUUGCUGACAUCAUUAGCCGUUGUAUUCAGCAAGGGCCAGAAUUCAGGCCUCCGAUGUCUGAGGUUGUUCAAGAUCUUACUCGCAUGGGAAAGUAUGCGAAGGCGGCUUCAGAUCGAGACUUACAAAGACGUUAGCUAUAAGCUGAUGCGAUUGCUGAAGGUGAAGAAAUACUUGGCUCCCUGCUGAAGAGCUGCUCGCCAAAUGUAAUUAUUUGUGGGCACGUGGCUUCCCUAUUGACGUGGUAACGAGUCAUGGUCUGGUCAAAGCCCAUUAGGACUUUGACUUUGGCAUCGCAUUCAUACUGUGCUUCAUGAUGCUUGUGGUUCUUGUAUGCUUAUUGAUGUUCCAUUUGUUUAUUUGUAUCCAAGCAUAACUUAAUUCGUUAUACUUCUUUUAUUC